AUGGCCGACAAGUUAGGCAAGGAAGGAUUGAUCACGAAGCUCUACAAUGGGUUCCAGCUCCUGAUGGAUAAGGAGAAAGGGGUGAGCACAUUGGAGAGCUUAAGACAAAACGCUGCCGUGGUAGGUCUGCAUGACUUUUCCGGCGACGAGAUCGCCGAGAUGGUAAAGGAAGGGUCUGGAUGGUGA